CCCUUUUCUAAAUAAUGGUUUAAUCUCUGCUUAUAAAAGUAGCACUCGCAGUCUUAAUUUACACUCGACAGGAAAUUGAGAAAUUCCUCUUCAGCCAAUUUUGCCAUUUCUACUGAUUAGCUCAGUCGAACAAGAUGAAGCUUCUUUUGUUCCUUGCUGCUUGCCUUGGCUUGUAUUACACCUCGGAGGGGAUGGUUUAUUCUCACUGCGAGUUGUACAGGAUCUUUAAAGAGACUGGGCUGGAUGGAUACCAUGGAAUUAGCGCUGCUAACUGGAUAUGUCUUGCCUAUUAUGAAAGUGGCUACAACACUGAUGCUGUGAACAACAAUGGGCCGAGCCGCGACUACGGAAUAUUUCAGAUUAACAGCAAAUGGUGGUGCAAUGAUGGGAAGACUGCUGGCGCUGUGAACGCUUGUAAAAUUAGCUGUCAAAGUCUUCUCAAUAGUAACAUCUAUGAUGACAUUGAAUGUGCCAAGAGAGUUGUGAGAGAUCCUGAUGGCAUCUCGGCUUGGGUUGCCUGGAGGAAUCAUUGCAGAGGGAAGGAUUUGAGCAGAUUUACCGCUGGAUGUUAAAAGUGAAACCAAUACUCAGGCAGCAAACAACAGCAUCUUGCGAAGAAGCGGCUUUCUUAAAAGAAGAACAGCUAAAGAAAUCAACUUAUAUUCAGUAUCAGAAAUAAAUGAUACAAUUUGCUACAGCAGAAAUCAA